AUGUCGGCGCUGGAGCGCGCGCUCGAGCGCGCGCGCGCGCUGAACGUCGAUCUGGUGGAACUGGCGGCCAGGAUCGAGCGCGACGGGAGCGGGGCGACGGCGAGCGCGAGCGCGCGGGAGGGGACGCUGCUGGACGCGCUGGACGCGCUGGCGAGGGGCGAGCGCGCGCUGGGCGAGGGGGACCACGAUCGCGCGGUGACGGCGUACGACGAGUGCCUGAAGAAAUGCGUGAAAGCGUGGAUGAACGGGCGCGCGGAGGUGUCGGCGCUGGUGGCGAACGCGUGCGGGAUGCUGGAGGGAGGGACGACGGCGAAGCGAGGGGAGUGCGCGGUGGUGGCGUAUCGAGCGUGCGCGGGGACGGCGCUGAGUGGACGGGCGGUGGCGCGGCUUCGAUCGGGACGGUGGUGCGAGGCGUUGAGAGAUGCGGAAGCGGCGUUGGAUUGCGCGCCGGAUGGGGCGAAGAUGCACGAACGCAUGGGAAUCGUCUUGAAGGAGACGGAAGCGGCGGGCGAUUUGGCGGAGGAGUACGCGAAGACGGCGGAGACGCUCAAGGGGAAGCAAAUGAACGGUUCGAUUCGAAGCGAAGAUUUCGAAGGGGACUCGGCGGAUGAGUUGACCGCGGUCACCGCUCGACCGAGCGCGUCGAAGUGCAUAGAAGAGGAGGAUUGGGUGCGAGCGCGUCAGUCGAUGCUGUACGGCUCGGGCGUGCUUUUCGCCGGGCGCGACGACGAGCGCAUGUACCGCGAUCGCAUAUUAUUCCUCGAGCGCGCGAAGACCAUUUUCGUGAUGAAAAACAUGGAAUCACAAAAAGCCAGCACCUCGCCCGAGGCUGAUGCGGGCGCUGAUGAGAAGCAGGUCGACCAGUCCAAGGUUACUUGGCUCGACAACGCCUUUCUCCUCGCCGGAUUUGACAAUUUGAGCGCGUACGAUCGAUCGUGCGUGUGCUUGACCAUCGGGAACGUGUUCUCUUGGGUCGGUCAUUUCGGCGGUGCAUCGGAGCUGUAUUCGUGCGGCCUGAACGUCAUCGCGAACUCGGCCGAAGACGAAGUCUCGGACGCGCUCGACGCGCUCGAGCCCAUCCUCGCGACGAACCGAGUGCUUUGUCAACUUCGUAACGAUCAGAGCACUAAGGCUUGGAAGAACGUUCGCAAGCUCAUGCGAGAUUCGAAACUUCGAGAAUUUGCCGCGGGAUUUCUGCGCAUCGCCGAAGUCGCGUGCUCGCGCCAAGAGUGGGACACCGCCGAGCAAAGUUUCCGCAUCGCCGGACGCCUCGGCGCCGAGUUCCAGGUUCGUCACAAAGUCGUCAUGUCGCGGCGCACGGCUUUAGACGCUAAACCGGCGAUGGUGGACGUCGAACAGCUCGAAGAGUUGGACAAAGUUCAAGAAGGGACGGCGAUGGAGUUCGAGGAGACCCCGCGGUUCGCAACGACGCCGAAACAAAAUUCUCUGAAUGACAAAUCCAUGCCCGAGGAUUUUCAUGAAGCGGCGAAAGAAAUCGUUCACGACCUUCAAGAGGCGCAUUCGCCCGCGACGAGUCAAGAUUCUCACAGCUCACAAAGCAAAAUUUUCACCAGUCAAGGUGGUGCGCGAUCGUUCCGUUUGAAUGAAGUCUUACAGGAUUUAGACGGUGCGAUGUCGCCCACGCGGAAGAAACGCAAGACUCGCGCCGACGCGUGCUCGUGCACCGAAGUCUUCUCGUUCCUCGGCUGGGGUUCGUUAGACAUUAAGAAGUCGAGCGCGGACGAGGAUAUAUUUUUGGCAGCUUUGCUCGAAGCGCCGCCGUCGGAUGCCGCCAACGCGCAAGAAGCCGUCGACAAGAUGGAUAUCGACGACGUGGACCUCGACGCGCUCGUGGAAGCGACGACGCCUGCGCCCGUCGAAGUCGAGGGCACACACAAAGCACCGACGACGCGACGAAGCCGUCGAUAG